CUACUAGCAGCUAGCUAGGAUGUUUGCGAUGUAAUUUGAAUUUCGCAUAGUACUGAUGUUGUUAUUUGUUCAUGUUUGCACAGUUCCCCCAUAGCCGCAAAACCUUGCUUCAGAUUCCUCGACUCCAAGGCCCAUAUCGCUGAAUAUACCUCAAGCCCAUCAAAAUGGCUCCGAAGAAAACCAAGGUCGCCAAAGAAGAUAAUACUGUUUCGCUCGGUCCUCAAGUUGCAGAGGGAGAGCUUGUCUUCGGUGUUGCACACAUUUACGCCUCUUUCAACGACACCUUCGUCCAUGUCACCGAUCUUUCUGGCAAGGAGACCAUCUCCCGUGUCACUGGUGGCAUGAAAGUGAAGGCUGAUCGUGACGAGUCGUCCCCUUAUGCCGCUAUGUUAGCUGCUCAGGAUGUUGCCACGCGCUGCCGCGAGGUUGGCAUCACUGCCCUCCACAUCAAGCUCCGUGCAACUGGUGGUACUGGCACUAAGACCCCUGGCCCCGGUGCACAGAGCGCCCUCCGUGCUCUUGCUCGCGCUGGCAUGCGCAUUGGGCGUAUUGAGGACGUUACGCCUGUUCCUACUGACUCCACCAGACGCAAGGGUGGUCGUCGUGGUCGUCGUCUGUGAUCUCCAUCUUCGUGUUAUUACUAUGAGAUUCCCGAAGAGCCAAAAAUUGUUGUGCAUGUAAUUGGAGUUACAAAUGAUAUGUCGCCGUUCGACGCGCAUCAGGUUUUUGCCUGCCCCGCGGUCGUUCACCUGUUUGUGUCUCUAGUAUUGUGCUGUCAACAUCUUUGUGCUUCAUAUCGACGCGUGAUGAAUAUGAAAAACACGUGAAACUUGACCAGGUGUUUGAAACCCUGUUGAGCUUCCGCUUUAUGUAA